AUGAACGCCGAGUUCAGCGCCAUAGAGGUGCCCGGCGAGGCCAAUCCCUUGACCGAGGGCAUCCUCUACCAUGUCCUGCGCUCAGCAUCUUCGACGGACCCAAACCAGAUCCAGACUGCAUGGGAGAAGUCGAGUGGCUUCUACCCACUGCUGCAGUCUGUCUUCCUCGACAAAGUCUCUCCCAAUCGAAGUCCGCUUACCUUCGCCAUCAUUCAACUCAAGAACGGCAUCGACAAAUACUGGCGGAAGACUGCGGUCAAUGCCGUGAGCAAAGAAGACAAAGCUGCCAUCCGAUCGCGGCUACUCGAGAGUGCAGUCAACGAAGCCGACCAGCGCCUGGCCCUGCAGAACGCUCUCGUCGUUGCCAAGAUUGUGCGCUUUGAGUUCCCCAAUGACUGGCCAGAUCUCUUCGAGCAGCUACUCCAAAUCCUCCGCGCUUCGACCGACCCUAAUGCCUACCGCCUCCAACUUCCUCGCGCCCUACUCAUCGUGCUGUAUAUUGUCAAGGAAUUAUCUACAGGCCGUUUAAUGCGAACACGCCAGAACCUACAAGCCGUUGCGCCAGAGAUCCUCAAUGUCCUGGGCACUAUAUACGUGAGCAAGGUACAAAGCUGGCAGUCCUUCUUCCGCGAUGGCGGAGACGACGAAGGAGAUGCUAUUCAGAGCAUCGAGACUAGUCUCCUCGCUAUCAAGGUCAUCCGACGACUACUCAUUGCAGGAUACGACUUUCCGGGUCGCGAGAAAGAUGUCCAAGAAUUCUGGACAAUGAGCCGGACGCACUUCGGGGAUUUCUUCCAAUACGUCGCGUCAGACGAGUCGCCUCUUGCUCCCAGUGUUCAGAAGCUAGUCGAAAAGCAUCUGCUGCAGUUGUCAAAGCUACAUAUGAAUAUGGCUGUAACUCAUCCUGCAGCGUUCGCUCUUCUACCAAAUUCGCUAGAUCUUGUACGCGACUACUGGAGUCUUGUCUCCAAACUAGGCGAGACUUGGGGCUCCAAGUCAUUAGACGGUGCGAAAAUUGGCACUGAUGGAGAUGCCGACGACGAGACGCCCAUUCUCGAGCGUUUAGGCUUAAAAGGGCUCCUCAUCAUCCGUGCAUGUGUGAAGAUGGUCUUCUACCCUGCUCAGAGCUUUCGAUACAAGCAGCAACAGGAAAAGGACGAGAGAGCGCAAGCAACUAGUGAGAUCAAGUCACAGCUCCUAACUGACGACCUGGUACGAGAAAUGAUUUCCGCAAUCGUCACCCGCUUCUUUGUCUUCCGACCCAGCGAUCUCCGCAUGUGGGAGGAAGACCCCGAUGAAUGGGAGAAGAUGGAAGAAGGCGGCGAAGAUUGGGAGUUCGCCAUCCGUCCAUGCGCCGAGAAGCUAUUCUUAGACCUCGCGAAGAAUUUCAAAGAAUUGAUCAUUCAGCCUCUGCUCCAAGUCUUUUACACUGUUGCAACUAUUGGCCUUGCCGCCGAUGUCCUUCACGAUCAGCUCGACUUCGACUCCUUUAUUGAGAACACGCUUGUCCCCGGCUACAACAUCAUUCGACGCAGGAUUGCCAUUAUCAUCUCGCAAUGGAUAUCUAUCAAAAUUGCAAAGGAGAAGAAGCCGAUCGUUUACCAAAUCUUCCAGCAUCUGAUGGACAAAAAUGAUCCAUUGAAUGAUCAGGUAGUUCGAGUCACGGCUGGCCGCAAGUUUAUGGAAAUAGCAAAUGAGUGGGAGUUUAGUGCAGAAAACUUCCUACCGUACGCGCCAGUCACGUUAGAUCGGCUCAUGGCCCUAGUACAAGAAGUCGAGUUGGCCGAAACGAAGAUGGCGUUGCUGAAUACGAUCAGCAUUGUCGUGGAAAGACUGGAGCACAAUUCUGGAGAUGAGCAUCUAAUGAAGCAGGCGAUCCUGACUAUGCUGUCCCGUCUCACAAACGCAAUGAAAGCCGACUCGCGAGUCUUCCACGUCUCCUUCCUACCCAUCAUCCAAUCUGCUAUAGAACCCGGUUCGGAGACCCAAGUAUACCUGCUCGAAGAUGCGCUCGAUCUCUGGUCAUCGAUCAUUGCACAGACGCCUUCAGCCCCUGAGCCUACGCCUCCUGAACUCCUUAACCUAUUGCAGUAUCUACUGCCGUUGUUCACGAUGGACAACGAUACUCUCCGCAAAGCUAUUGAGAUUGCAGAAGCAUACCUCCUCCUAGCGCCCGCCGCCGUUCUCGCAGACAGCUUCCGUCCUGCGAUCCUGCAAGCUCUUGCCGAACUGCAAGGCACCUUGAAACCAGAAGCCAACGGCAUCAUGACGCACCUGGUACAAUGCAUUAUUCGCGGCGCAGAAGGUGUCGGCGGCGAAAAUGCUGUCAAGAUUCUCACUCAAGACCUCAUCUCUACAGGCUUCCUCGCAAAGGUCCUGGAGGGUCUACAUGGCGCAUGGCAACACCAUCAAUCCCACGGCCCGUAUCGAGAACUCCCAGCUGGCGCUGUCGACGGUGUUGUUGAGACAGACUAUUUCACCGUCUUAGCGCGGGUAGGACUCGCUAGCCCAUCUACCUUGCUUUCUGCAGUAAGGUCUGUGGGUGGUGAGGGUGUGUGGGACUGGCUACUUGAAGAAUGGUUCAGUCACAUCGAGAACAUCGGAGACGGCCCAGGAAAGAAAUUGAUGACGCUCAUCCUCACACGACUCUUAGGAGAAGAUGCAGGACUCAUGUUGCCCAAAUUGCAGAGUCUGAUGACGGCUUGGACGGACGUCCUGGGCGAGUUGUUGGAUGAACCUUAUCAUCCAACCGAACCCGAGGCCCCUGAGGAUAUACGCAAGCGCGAACUCAUCUACAGCGAUCCCGUGCACCAAAUCAACCUCGUUGCUUUCGUGCGUGAGCAAUUGCAACAAGCGGUGCAAGCGGCAGGAGGCGAGCAGAGGUUCCAAGAAGAUUGGUUGGCAAAUGUGGAUAAGGAUGUUGUCAAGGGCUUUGGUGAGUUGGGCAUCAUGUAA